AACCGCAUCCGUUUCUCUCUCUUAACAGAGAGUGACCUGGAGUCGAGUUUGAAAGGUUGGCACAGAAGAGCUUCGAAGAGCCUUUGCAUUUCAAAACCCAAAAUUUAACACUCAGAAAAGAAAAAAAAACACAAACCCAUUUCGUCUAUUUCGUUUUUUUCGAUUCAUUGAUACCCUUUUUUCUCUCCAGAUUAUUAGAUCCUUCGAACCCAUUUACUGUUUCUUUCGUUCAAUCUCUCAGACUCAACUCAUCAUUCUUUAAUGGCAUUUUUUUGAUCGUCGGACGCUUUGCUAGUGUGAUGGAUGCUGAUAAAAUUAUACCAGCUUUUGUGAAUGGAACAGUCCGUGAAAAUGGUAUUAGCGGACAACUUCCUGUUUCUGGAGAGGAAGAUACUGUUUUGGACAAAGUCAAUGGGGUCCUUAGAAGUGGCACAGAGAAUGUGGGGCUGAAAGGGAAUUCAGAAACUGUUGUCAGGUUGGAAGAUUGUGGAAUCAUUAGCUCAUCUACUGAAGAAGUCACGGAGGGAUCAACUGCACAUAUAAAGAGCAAUGAUUUGAGUGUUUCCAAGGAAUUUGGAGUAAAAGAAUUGGAUGUUUCAAAGUUUCCCAAAUCACAAAAGGGUCAAGGCAAGGCCAAGAGUGAAAUUCCGUUGAGCCACAAACAUGCUGCGAGCACGCGGGUGAAAAAGAGCAAAGAUGGAAAAGAAGUUGAGAUAACUGCUGUUUCGAAUGGAAAAUCUGCUUCUAAUUCAUGCCCAAAGCAGUCUUUUGCCCCAAGAGCAAAGAACAGUUCAUUAAAUGAUGGGCAGGUUGUUGACAGCAGUUCAAAACCAGCAGCAUCUCUAAUUAAUGCUCAUCCUUCCAAGGAGCAAUUCAGAAAGUCUGAUGCAGAAUUGUCUACCGUGAAUGUGACACAGUCUGAAGGCCUUAUGGAUAAGACAAAAUUGAAGCCAUUGCAGAAGGCCCCCCUAAAUAAAGCUGAAGAAAGCACACAAUCGUCUUUAAGCCUCGCUGCAGGAGAUGCUAAACCCCGCAGAGUGGGUACACUUCCAUCCUAUGGUUUCAGUUUUAGGUGUAAUGAAAGAGCUGAGAAAAGAAAAGAGUUUUACUCUAAGCUUGAGGAAAAGAUACAUGCGAAAGAAGUAGAGAAGACCACCUUGCAAACCAAAACCAAGGAAACUCAAGAAGCUGAGAUUAAAUUGUUGAGAAAGAGCUUGACCUUCAAAGCUGCACCAAUGCCAAGCUUCUAUCAGGAACCUCCACCUCCUAAAGUAGAGUUAAAGAAGAUACCUCCAACCAGAGCUAUAUCUCCAAAGCUUGGCCGAAAAAAGUGCUCACACACCAGAGACUCUGAAGGAAACAGUGGCUGCAACUGUCAAUCUGGUCGGUUAAGUUUGGAUGAGGCAGCAACUCAAAGUAACCCCAACAAAGGACCUUCCCCUGUCCGUGUUAAAAAGCCUCAACGCAAUUCCCUUCCCAAGCUUCCUUCUGAGAAAACGAAUUUAUCCAAUGAUACUAAUGAAGCUGGAUCUCGCAACACCACCUUAUCCCAAAAAACGAAUGCAGCCAAAUCUCAUAAAUCCACCUCGUCCGAUGACACAAAAGGAGUUGCAUCUCUUGAAACCACCAUAUCCAAUGAAACGGAAGGAGAUGCUUGUCAUGCUCUGGAGCAGGAGUCAGUUCCAACUGCUGAGCCAAACCAAAUUCAGAACAAUUUAGAGAGUGUGCCUAUAGUGGAAGACCAUGUCCAGACAACAUCUGUGCAGGAACCCAUUGCUUUGGAGAAUUAAACACGACGGCAUUGGAACUAAACAUGUAUUUAUCAUGCCCUCGAUUCCAUACUCACCUAAAAUAAUAGAUGAGUUGUGAAUAAGACUUGAAUGUUGCCAAAAGGCAUGAAGGAUUUUGUAAGAAGGCUUGUUUUGGUGUCUUGUCCAUGGUCAGCAGCAAGGUGGUUGGCCAUUCAAUGUGUGCUUGCUUCAAGAUUGCUGGUUUGGUCAUUUGGGAAUCUGCAGUCCUCUAUCUGCAUUGUUUGUAUGAUAAAUCUUCGCGUUGUUUAUCCUAAUGUCCUAAUAUAUGUUAAAAUAUGAUGAUUCAGUUGUUUUUUUUAAAACAUGUUAAAAAAGAGAAAAAAAAAUUGUAUAAUCAUUUUUGGGAAAAAUGUAAGGUUAGUUGAUGAUGGAAGUAUUGGGAUUUGUAUUGUCUGUGAAGACAUGAAAAAUGGGUAUUGUUUAUUACUGUAAUUGAGACUUGAUAUAUGUUUGUUAAAAUCCAUUCUGAGUUGUUUAGUUUCUUUCA